CCCGCGGCGCGCGAGCGGCUGCGCUACGCCGAGUACUCGCCGCCCUCGGCCGGGCGGCCGGACGCGGACCGGGACCAGCGCCUGGCCAGAAGCUUGAUUGCCGUGGGACUGGGUGUUGCAGCUUUUGCGUUUGCAGGCCGCUAUGCAUUUCAGAUCUGGAAACCUCUAGAACAAGUCAUCACAGAAACUGCAAAGAAGAUUUCAACUCCUAGCCUUUCAUCCUACUAUAAAGGAGGAUUUGAACAGAAAAUGAGUAGGCGUGAAGCUAGCCUUAUUUUAGGUGUAAGUCCAUCUGCUGGCAAGGCUAAGAUUAGAACAGCUCACAGGAAAAUCAUGAUUUUGAAUCACCCAGAUAAAGGUGGGUCUCCGUACUUAGCCACCAAAAUAAAUGAAGCAAAAGACUUGCUGGAGGCAACCACCAAACGUUGACUGCUCCGAAGGGAAACGGGGGACUUAAAAAACAAAGUCCUGCAAAUUAACCUCACCUUCCACCGUCAGAAUUUCACACGUGUGCCGCCCAUGCAUAAUGACCCAGUCCGCUGUUAAGCUAUAUAAUAAUAAAAGUUAAAAAUCUGUCCUUUUAUUACCUUUUAAA